AACACUGCUGUGCCCCAGCGCGCUCAGUAACAACCGCUUACUGCUGCUCUGUAGUUGCCAUGGAUACAGUGCCCUCUCUCUCAUGGGUAUGGAGGGAUGGGGUGGAGGAGAGGAGAGGAAAGUAGUGACUCUGGCUGCUGCCUCUGCGUCGCAUUUAUACCAUCGGAGAGCUAGCUUUCUCCCUCCCUCCUCAUCAUCUCCGCGCUCCGUUACAUCUCCUCUCUCUGUUUCGCUCUGUCUCUUUUUCUGGCGGUCUAUUUUUCUUUGCGGUUGACCUGGUGGAUGUUAUAGUGAACAGGCUCUUGUGUUUCUACAGCCAAGGACAGAAGACGGGAGGAGACAAAAGGGGGGAAAAGGUGUCUCCAUGCGUACGGAGGGAGGACUGAAGGCAGCUGUUUCCAGCAGAGCAGAGACCUACAACAUGUGAGAAGAUGUCUGUUGGAGGCUGCGCUUGCCCCGGCUGUUCGUCUAAGUCGUUCAAGCUGUACUCCCCAAAGGAGCCCGGCCCUAACGGCAGUACCUUCCCCCCCUUCCACCCCGGCACCAUGCUGGACAGGGACGUGGGGCCAACUCCAAUGUACCCCCCGUCAUACCUAGAGCCUGGCAUGGGGAGACCAACACCAUACGGCAACCAGACAGACUACAGGAUAUUUGAGCUCAACAAACGGCUACAGAACUGGACGGAGGACUGUGACAAUCUCUGGUGGGAUGCCUUCACCAUGGAGUUCUUUGAGGAUGAUGCCAUGCUCACCAUCACCUUUUGUCUGGAGGACGGGCCCAAACGAUACACUAUCGGGCGGACAUUGAUCCCGCGUUAUUUCCGGAGUAUCUUUGAAGGGGGCGCCACUGAGCUGUUCUACACAUUGAAGCACCCUAAAGAGUCCUUCCACACUAACUUUGUGUCUCUGGACUGUGACCAGUGCACCAUGGUUACACAGAAUGGCAAGCCCAUGUUCACACAGGUGUGUGUGGAGGGCCGUCUGUACCUGGAGUUCAUGUUUGACGACAUGAUGAGGAUCAAGACGUGGCAUUUUAGCAUCAGACAACACAGAGAAGUCCUGCCUCGCAGCAUACUGGCCAUGCACGUGCAGGACCCUCAGAUGCUGGAUCAGCUGGCUAAAAACAUCACAAGAUGUGGCCUGUCCAACUCCACACUCAACUAUCUCAGGCUGUGUGUGAUCUUGGAGCCGAUGCAGGAGUUGAUGUCCAGACACAAGACCUACAGUCUGAGUCCCAGAGACUGUCUCAAGACCUGCCUCUUCCAGAAGUGGCAACGCAUGGUGGCCCCACCAGCUGAGCCGGCCAGACAAGCGCCCAACAAGCGGAGGAAAAGGAAGAUGUCUGGUGGCAGCAACAUGAGCGCUGGAGGGGGAAACAACAACAGCAAGAAGAAGAGUCCUGCUAACAACUUCCCUCUCUCCACACAGGUACCUGACGUGAUGAUGGUGGGCGAGCCCACUCUGAUGGGAGGGGAGUUCGGAGACGAGGAUGAGCGUCUGAUCACGCGGCUGGAGAACGGCCAGUUCGACACGGCCAACGGAGCGGGGGGCCUGGAGGACGAGGACAGUUUUGGUAGCUCCCCCGCUCUGGGGGGCGCACACUCCCCCUGGAACAACAACAAGACGCCCAACAGCCAGGACAGCAAGAACGACGCACAGUAGAGCCACAACCAUAAACCGUAACUCACCACCCAGAUACGCUACUCAUCUAGCUGCAAAAUGAAUCCCACGCACGCUCUCUCUCGCACAUGCUCAGUGGUGGUCAACCCCGGCCCUCUUCUCCUCCUGGCUCCCCUUGCUCAUCAGCUAUAUUCCUGACUCUGUUCUGUUAGUGUGUGUGUGCCUGUGCUUACUGGUCAGUGUUUGAGACAGAGCUGGGUUCGGCCUUUUAUGAUCACAGUGCUAGCCAUGGUGGCCAUUUUGCUGGCGGACAUAUUGGCGGGUUCUUGUUCCAACCUCGGGUCUCUGGGUUUGUUGCCUUGACAACGUACCUCUAUUUCUGUUGUGCUCACCUCACAGGGAAGGAAUACCUAGCUUUAUUUAUUAUCUCUUAGAUUUUAGCAGAGUAAAACGUAUUGUGUGCACUACAGCAUAAAUCCAACGUUCAGUUUUUAAAAACUAAAUUAUUUGUUUUGUAGGACCUGGUUGGAACAAAAACCUGUACACUGCCGGAGCUUGAGGACGGGAGUUGAGAACCACUACACUAAACCUAAAACAUACGCACACACGCACCCAACACAUACACACACAACUCUCGCUCGCACGCGCACUCACGCACACACACACACACACACACACACACAGACACUCUGAGGUACUGGAGAGAGGUCCAACUUCCCCACCUGGACCAGAGCACCAGGCCAUACAGAAGUGGGUUUUAAUUUUCUAUGUUUUUAGUUUGAUUUACAUUUUUUAUUUUUAUAUCAAUUUCUAAAAAUGAAACGGACAAGCAAACAAAUAAAACAAAAAAACACCCCAGAAUAUUCUUUAGACUGUUUUCCACUAACUUCAAUCUAUUUUUCUUAUGAAUUGCUGGUGUAUUUUCUUUUUAUUAUGGCUUAUAUAAAGAAAUUGUAAAGCAUCAGAAACCUGUGACGGUAGAGGAGAAUCUACGGUAUAUAACUAUAAAUAUUACUGUUAGAUCAUUUGUAUUGUCAUUAUGAUUACUACAUCUAUGUAAUAUUGUAUUGUCUAUGCCUGAUGCAGUAUGUCGCCUGUCAGUGUCAGACAUGGUUAUGAUGUUAUAACGAAUCCCAGUGAUUCUUAUCUGAAGGGAAAAGCCACCUCUUUAAUGUCCAAGCCUUAAAUGGCACCCUAUUCCCUAUGUAGUGAACUACUUUUGACAAUGACCCAUAGGGCUAUGGUCAAAAGUAGUGCACUAUAUAGAGCAGUGGUUCUCAACUGGUUUUGCCUGGGGACCCAAUUUGAACCAGGUUGUCUGUCGCGGUCCAAUAUUUGCAUUGUGUUUUUUGUUGCUAAAAUGCAAACUAUUUUGAAUGCUAUAUUGAUAGUAAGUGUACCAAUUAUAUGAUAAGGGAACAACAGUCCCACCUUUUUCAUUGUCAAUUAUUCAAUUUUGACCAUAUUCUUGAUUAAUGUUAAGCUCACUGUUUGAGACCACAAAAUCAACCAAAUCUGCUAAAUAGUGCUGCUAAUAACUCUAUUGAAAAUACUGUGAUUUAAGAAAAAUAGUUCAGAGGUUAAAUUAUUUAAAUAUAGGUUCAUUAUAAUUGUUUGUUGUUUAACUUCAGGCUGGAGUAUGUAUUUAUUUUUAACUCAGACACUCGCAACCCAUUCAAAACCUCCCGCGAGACCCAUCAGUUGAGAAUCACUGAUCUAGAGGAUAGAGUGCCAGUUGAGACCCUUCCCAACUCCCUGUCUACUUAUCUGCUCAGUACCUCAUGUCCACUCCUCAGACAGUACAGACAUGUCUUUUUUUUCUUCUCUGAUAUGCUACGAAAACUUUUGAAGACAAUUUUGACACGGCAUUGUAAGAUAUAAGAAAACACAUUUUGUAUUGGCUUGCAUUUCCCAAUAAUAAUCACUAUUUUUGAAAGCUACAAACCAAGAAGCUACUUUGCAAGAUCCUUUUAAAUAUUGAUCCACAAAAUGCUAUUUGUUUGUAUUAAGAAUCAUUUUGUGUGCUUUUUCCUCUUAUGUUUUUGUGUGUCUUUGUGCUUGUAUAUUUAAGGUAGUUUCUGUAUAAUUGUAAUUCUAUGUAUUCUUCCUUAGAUCAACACCCUAAGGCAUCUCUCUAAUGUAAAGGUA